AUGGAUGAUUUAAUUAAAAACUGCGAUAAUGGACCAAAGCAUGAUGGUCGAAAUGUCGUUCAAGCUCAGAUAAAGGAACUUGUUCAGGCAGUGCAGUCGAUUGAAGGACGCGUUUUCAAUGAUCAUGGUGACAUUAUGAGUACGGUGGUUCUUGAUGAAGACGAGUCUGAUCAGAUUUAUCCUUGUGGUCUGACUGGACUUUGUAAUCUCGGAAAUACAUGCUAUUUCAAUGCUUCAGUGCAAGCACUUUCAAAUUGUUUGCCUUUAUCUGAUUUCUUUCUUUCACAUCAAUCGCUUGCACCAUUUGCUUCUUUGGCAGCACAGAGAGGAAAAGAACCUCCUAUGGCUCGCUCAUUUCGUUUACUUCUGCAAGCGAUCUGGUCACCACGAAGGAAUGGAUAUACCAAUCCCCAGCAGUUGCUUAUGCAAAUUCGCUUGUUUUAUCCGCAAUUUCGUGGAUGGAUGCAGCAGGAUGCUCAAGAAUUCAUCCGAUAUUUCCUAGACACUCUGCAUCAAGAAUUAAAACAACCUGUCUAUCCAUGGGAAAUUCGUGACCGAAGUAAUCCAUUGCUAUCUCAUGAAGCUUUCCAUUUGGAUUCAUCAUUAUUACGUUCUCAUUCCAAAAUAUUCACUUAUAGUAAAGGAAAAACCAGCUAUUCUCGUCGAGAUAGUUCAACUUCAAGUUCUAAUAGUUAUAAUUCAGUCGAAACCCGAUAUGAGACUGCGGAUAGUGGUUGGAGUUCGGAAGGCGAUAAUUCAUCAAAAUAUAAAAAAAAUCGAUCAAUUGAAGCGCUUGAUACAAGAUCUUCCGAGAUUCCAUCCGAUCCUUUUUCUUCAGGAGAUAUCACGAUUUCAGCAUCAAAUUUCAUGGAACGGCCUAUUCGAUAUAGAAGUAUCAUAAGUGAUGUAUUUGAUGGUCAGUUAUGCAGUACAGUAAAAUGUUUAACUUGUCAUCAUCUUUCCGAGACUAAUGAAAUUUUUCAGGAUUUAUCACUGAGUAUUCCAACAAAAGAUCAGCUGAAUCAUACUGUAGCGCAUAGUUCUUUUGUAAAAGAUGAUGCAACCGAAUAUAAAAAUGAAAAAGAAUUCACAUCGACAUCGGCGUUAAGUUACAUGUCCAUUGGGUUGCAAUGGAUCUUAUGGCUGACCAGUUUUUGGCUCUAUAUAUUAUAUAAUUAUUUGUUUGAAACACCUGUUUCAUUGUUUGAUGCACUGAACGCUUUUUUUACUCCUGAUAAUUUGCGAGGUGAUAAUAUGUAUUCUUGUGAAAACUGUUCCAAAUUAAGAGAUGGUAUUAAAGUAUGUCGAAUUACUCGGCUUCCUGAAAUUCUAUGCAUACAUUUAAAACGUUUUCGGCAUGAUUCGAGUUAUUCAUCCAAAAUAAGCACUGGAGUAACUUUUCCUCUUAAUGAUCUGGAUCUAUCAUCAUUUAUGAGCAAAUCAGCAUCGAUAAGUGACCAUUACGCCAUAUUCGAUCUCUGUGCAUUUAUUACUCAUCGUGGCGGUGGUAUAGAAAGUGGGCAUUAUGUUGCUUAUUGCAAAAACCAAUAUGAUGAAUGCUGGUAUGAAUUCGAUGAUUCUGUGGUAACAAAGGUAGAAGCUGCUGAUGUAGCAACUAAAGAAGCAUAUGUUUUAUUUUACCAAAAGCGCCAGCGUCCUUUUAUGAAUCAUAUUAAAAAUCAAAUGAAACGACUCGUUGAAAUGGAGAAGACUGGAACUUAUAAGUCAUUUAAAAUUUCAUCGAACUACUACAUUUCGAGAGAAUGGCUUCAUCGACUAUCCACUUUUUCCUAUCCUGGUCCUAUCACCAAUCACGAUUUUCUAUGUCAGCAUUCCCAGAUUCUUCCACAUCGAGCAGCAAAUCUUACUAGCUACUGUGCAUAUGUUAAUGAAGAUGUUUGGAUUUAUCUGUCUGAAAAGUUUGGUGGGGGCCCAGCAUGUUCUGAAUUACAUUAUUGUAUCCCAUGUCAAAAAAGCUACCUUCAUUUGCGUUGUAAGCGUGAGAACGAAUUGAAAAUGGUCAAGGAAAUUAAAAGGCGAGUAAGAAUGACAUCACGAUCUUUUCCACAUCUUACUUAUGAUUAUUAUCUACCGCCUAAUGCAAUUUCAAAGGCAUGGAUGGAUAAAUGGAGGGACUUUAUUAAAUCCGAAUCAAUAGAUCCCCCACCAGCAAUUGACAAUAGCUUGAUGUUAUAUAGUGAUUCAAAAAGUUCAACGAUUCGUUUCCGUUCGAAUUCGCAGCAUUUGCGUAUUUCUCGUGAAUUGUGGCUUUUUUUUGUACAAACAUAUGGUGGUGGUCCAGAGGUUUUUUGUGUACAAAAUGUACAUCCUAGUAAAGAAGAAGUCGAGCAACUAGUAAAUGCAGUUGAUUUUAAAAUUGCUGAAGCAAUGCGGUCGAUUUCGUUGAGAAAACAUACCGUUGGAGCGGAUGAAUUAAAAUUGGAUUUUUUGGUGAAGAAUGAAAUGGAACUUCACGAUGUUUCUUUGAAAUUACCUGACGGAUUAUCGGGGGCAAGCGAUAGAGAUUUGUCUAAUUGUGAAGUGCGGUAG